AUGGCCGCCCCUCUCACAAUUUUGACUACUGAACUUGCCUUCGGUCGAUGCCCACCCUACACAUCUAUCGACUCGAGGGGGCUUCUUUUCUUAGUGUCGGAUCGUUCCGCUAACUUCUACUCGAUUGUCGUCAGGACGCGACUCAUCUUCCAGCAGAAGAAGACCUCGCUUGACUGCUCCCCAUCGGGGGCCGUCACAGAAUCUGCAAAGCUCGCUAGUGCAGAGGUGACUGUUGAGAGUUCGGGUCCCUCUAGGCUUGAAGGCAAGAUGGUGAAGGGAGGCUGA